ACGCCCCAUAUUUAAGAGCAAAAACUGAAGUAGUUUCUCUUAGUCGAACUUUUCCUCAUAGAGAAACGAUUUAACUGAUUCAACUGCAGCCUGUUUAAACCUCAUGCAAUGACGGAUAUCACCUUUACUUUAGCAAGCGGUUCGUGUUGCAGCGUCUGAUUAACUCGAUAUUUCACGACUUUUGCACGUGAUGGAGGAGGAUCUAGGAUGUCCAGUGGCUAAGAUUAAGGAGGAGUCCGGUAGUGUUCUCCUCACCUACUUCCAAGGAGACAUCAACAGCAUGGUGGAUGAGCAUUUCUCCCGUGCUCUAAGUAAAGCAACUAAACCGGAGGGAGAGCACUCCAAAACUAAAAGAAACCGCAGAUCUGCUCAGACAAAUGAACUUGGUUCAAGUCAAUGGGAAGCACAGUCACAAACUAGGUUUCAGUCAAUGUUUCCUUCAGAACAUCUCCGGCUCAGAACAAGCAGCGAGUCUCAAUCAAACCAUCAUUUGCCACUAAAUCUCCCUGCAAACAAUGCUGUUCUGUGGUCAGGGGAUUCUAGGCAGGGUAUGAGUCUCGCUCUGCCCCCCAUGAUGUACCCCCCGGCUGUAUCCUCUGAUGGUUUGAUGGCAGCCGAACAACAGUACUCUAAUUCUCUGUUGAACUUGCUCCACAACGAUCGUCCUGACAUGAGCACAGUUAUGGGACCCUCCUCCAAACAAGAACGCAUGUCUGGAUGGGCAAAGUAUCCUGGAUUUGGCGACCAGAUGGCUUGUGAUAUCAAUCUAAACUCUGGUGUUCAGGUGAUUGAGAAAAAAGAUCUUUAUUGGUAUUAACUCAAAAGAUUUGAGAUUUAAAAGCAAGAAUAAAGAAGUCUUUCAUCGCUCUUUCAUUUAACUGAACAAGUGACUAAUGGACCUUGCAAUGCUUCACCUGGAGGCUUUUGCACAUCCAACCUGUUCAGAAACAAGCUCUUCGUGUACCAGAUUGCCCUCAGGCCAUAUGGAUAAAGACGAACAUAGAACGAAACACACACAAAAUGUAAUCUGUGUUUGUACAGUUUUUUUUUUAAAUUCCAUUUGUAGUGUCAGAGUUUAUUUGUUGCAAAUGUGUACAAUUUAGUUGAUUUUAUGUUUGUGUUGCAUUUAAUUUGUAAUGUAAUUUGUCUUAUAGGCUGCUGUGAGUAAUUAACUUUGAUUUGAAAACAUACAUUGAUCACAUACACAAAUGUAUGAAUGUAAAUGUACAUGUGAAGAGUUCAGAUGCAAAAGCCUCUAAGUGCCAUUUGAAAUUUUCUUCU